AUGCCUUCGGAUGGCGGAAUGGAUAUUAUGGAAAUCCCAGUGUCGGGACGUGAUGUAGAGAAGCUUUCCGAUUCCUGCACUUCCAUUACGACUAGUUCCUCAAACUCUGAGCCUCCACAUUCUAAGUUCGAGCAGGUGAUUCAGGGAAUCACCUCUGUGCUCUCGCAGUGGGGAUUGGAAACUAAUGGCAUCGUGCCUGUUCCCGAGGAUGAGAGAGAUGAUUCUCGUUUGUACCAGAUGUUUUUCGUGUGGUUCUCGGCGAACGCAAAUGUGCUGACCCUGGCUGCUGGCACGGUGGGACCUGCGUUCUACGGGCUGGGUAUCCUGGACUCACUGUGGAUCAUCUUGGUUGUCGAUUUUGUUACGUGUGCGAUUCCAGCGUACUACGCUGUUUUUGGCCCGAAGCUCGGAACACGCUCGAUGGUCCAAAGUCGAUUCUCUUGGGGGUACUACGGAGCAAUAAUACCCAGCCUUUUGAACGUGUUCUCCUUGGAAGGUUACCUGAUCCUGAAUUGUAUCAUUGGAGGUCAAACCUUGGCAGCUACAUCCUCGCACUUGAAUGCCACUCUCGGCAUCGUGGUCGUCUCCCUCAUCUCUUUCGCGGUGACGUUCUGCGGUUGCCAAGUCCUACAUUGGUACGAGACAGUCGUCUGGAUCCCGAACGUCGUGGCGUUCAUCGUCAUGGUCGUCGUGGGCUGGAAGGAUCUGGUCAGUGCCCCAUUGUAUAGCACAUCCCCAGUCUCAGUCUCGGUGAUCAUGACUUUCGGCGCCACGCUGGCUGCGACGAACGUGAGCUGGGCACCGCUUACACCGGACUAUGGGGUAUACCAUGAUCACAGGGCAUCAAGCGUCCGGAUAUUCUUGUACACAUAUUUGGGAUUCGUAGUCUCUAGUGUCCCUGCACACGUCCUCGGUGCAGCAUUCACUGCGACCGCCUAUUCCGUCCCUACGUGGCAAGCCGGUCUCGGGAACGGCAACGACAUCGGAGGGCAAAUUCUUGCUCGUGAUGCUCUCCUUGACGUCGCCGAGCGUGUGUGCGCCGUCGAUGUACACACUUUGCACCAGCUUCGUGACUGUGGCUCCAAUUUUCGCGCGGAUACCGCGGUUCCUGAUCGCGAUUGCCUCCGUCGCUAUUCUAAUUCCAGUUGCGAUUGUUGGCGCGGACAAGCUUUACGCGACCUUUGUCGAUAUCCUGAGUUUAAUCGGUUACUGGCUUGCCCCGUACUGCGCGAUCGUGCUGACGGAACACUUCGUGUUCCGCAAAAGCUGGUCUUCAUAUCACGUCUUGGACGCGUGGAACCAGCCACGCCACCCGAACCUUCCGCGAGGCUUGGCCUCACUCGCGACGUUCCUGACGUGUGUAGGGAUCAUCGUCGUAUGCAUGGAGCAGGAGUGGUGGAUCGGCCCCGUCGCGCGCGCUGGGACGGGGGACGUGGGGAUGCUGGUGGCGUUCGUGGGCGGCAUAGGUGUGUACGCGUUUGCGCGGUGGGGGGAGAAGAGGUGGGAAGAAUGUCGUGGAUUUAA